CGGAGUCCCAGUUUGGAUUGGCAGUGCGUCAAACUCCUGGGUGCUUGCCAAGCGCCGAUGCACCGAUUAGGACUGCAAUUAUCUUGCGCUGCAGCAUCCCCGCGCUCGUUUUACGAUGUGUGCAAGCGACACGCAUAUUCAAAUGCACUUGCUGAUAGGACUUCUAAACUGCAACUCGCUGACUCAUGUGUUGCCAAAACGACAAAUGCUGCAACGUCUGGUUUAGUUCCCCGCAACGAAGUUGGGGUGCAGCUUCUUUCUAAUGGGUUGCAUUCCCAAAUCUUUCAAAACGUCUCUUUUCCGCCCCCAGACCCCGCCUACGUCCAAAUUUCUCGCGACCACCUGGCUAUGCAUGGUUUGGACACUUCGCAAGGGUCCACAUCUAGAGACGCAUCGAUAGAGUUGCCUCCACUGCAAGGCGAACACAUCGACCACCAUUUCCACCGGUUGGGAAAGUUUGUAUCUGAACCCGCCGUAUCUCUCGCUAAGGAGUUCGCAUCGCUUUCCAUCCCUUCUCCUCCGGAGAACUGGGUUCAUGAACCAGGUUGGACAAGAUACAACAACGAUGGGUCCUACGAGCAUCUCCAGGACUUGUCGGAUGAAUCGAUGUUAUGUUUUGACGUGGAAACCAUGCCGCGUCACCACCAUUUCCCUGUGAUGGCUUGCGCAGCUAGUCCGACAGCCUGGUAUUCUUGGCUUUCUCCUUGGCUCUUAGGUCAGGAUGGAAGUCCCGCACAUCUCGUGCCACUUGGAAAUCCAAAGCAGCAUCGAAUCGUAGUCGGUCACAACGUUGCCUAUGAUCGAGCGCGUAUUGCGGACGAAUACCAUCUCGAACGCAACAGGACACGGUUUUUAGAUACAAUGUCAUUACAUGUGGCCGCCAAGGGCAUUACGUCUCACCAACGCCCUUCGUGGAUGUCGAGGCGGAGAGACAAGGAGGAAGACAGCAAAAUGAAGACUGAGACCCUGGAUGCCCUUCAGAGAAUCAUCAGCAAGUACGAAUCGCGGCUGAAGAAUACCAAGGAUAAGGACGCAAGAGAGAAACUCUUUAAGGAAAGGGAUGCUCUUCUCGAGAGUCUCUCCGAUAUAGACGAAGGAUCUCAAGGAGCCUCAGAUGUGGCGGAUGGUCCCCGAUGGGAAGAUCUCACAUCCGUCAACUCCCUCGCGGAGGUGGCAAGAUUGUAUUGCGGUGUUGAAAUGGAAAAAGAUAUCCGCAACGAUUUCAUGAAGUCCUCUCCCGAAAUGAUCAGAAGCGACCUCGAUUCAUAUCUCAAUUAUUGUGCUUUCGACGUAAGCACCACACACGCUGUGUAUCAGAAAGUUUAUCCCAUUUUCCUUAGUUCGUGCCCUCACCCCGUCACGUUCGCCGGCAUAACUGUGAUGGGAAGCAGUAUACUUCCCGUCAACAAGGCGUGGGAUGAAUACAUUAAGAGUGCAGAGGGGACGUACCGCAACAGCCAGGCUGCUGUCUUCGAAGCUUUAUGUGACCUCGCUCGUGAGGCACGAGAGCUCCACAAAACCGGAGAAUGGGUGAAUGACCCCUGGUUGAGGCAGUUGGAUUGGACAAUGAAACCCGUCACAUGGAGCCGCGUAUCGGCAGAGAUGUUCAAGUCCAUGCAGGAGCCGGCUCAGAUGGCACGACGCGACUCAGAUUCUUACAUGUAUGGCUGGCGCCAUGAUGGGCAAUUCGCGGUUCCACUUUGGUACCUCCAGAUGAUUUCCACUCCGACGCCCAGUUUCUUGGAGAGAAACAGCGAAGCCAUAGCAUAUAUUCUUGCACUAGAGUUCAAGAACUGUCCUCUUUAUCACUCACCGCAAAAUGGUUGGGUCUGCCAGCUUCCUGAGGCAGACGGGAAUGUGCAACAUUCUGAACUAGUGGAAGUGUUACUCGACUUACGAAAUGCGCACGAUGACGGUGUGGCUGUCUUUGAUCCAUCAGUCUUCCGCUGGGCAAAAGUCCCCUCGGCGAAGCGCAAUAUCUUUAACGAGGAGCUCUUGACCCACUUGUCAUGUUCAAACCCCAGGAUGACUCGCAAAGCGCUGACAAGAAUCUGCAAGGGUGAAAUGGACGAGAAACUUCGCGGAGAUAUCAUCAGGAUGGCCCAACGGCUUCUGAGCCAUCGAGCUGGGAAGGAGCUUACACUCAAUAACGAGAAAGUAGAAAUGAGCCGAAUGCAUCCCAGAUAUCGCCCGCUUGACUGGGACCCUGUGUAUCUCAAGGAGCCUCCAGAGGGCAUCAGGGCGGCGAAACAACGUUCGGCAGGCCGCUAUGUGAAAGAUGCAGAUGGGAAAGAGCUCAGAUGGCCAUCAUGGUACAUCGACUUAGCCUCACCCAAACCGGGGAAAGAGAACGGCGUUUUGGAUCUGACCCCACGAAAGACGACAGCUGCCCUUCUACUCAGGCUAAGCUGGAUGGGCUGGCCGCUCUUCAUCUCGAAGGAGCAUGGCUGGACUUUUCGAGUCGAUAGCAAUGGCACAAAUACAUUUCAAACGCGUACGUCUCCUUUGAGCUUCUCUAGCCCCGAAGAUCAGGCUCUGCUAGCGGAUACAGAUGGGGGGUACUCUUUCUACAAGCUCCCUCAUAAGGAUGGCGAGAAGGCUAACGUGGGGAACCCUUUGACCAAAACCUUCGUCCCUUAUCUGAACAAAGGCACGUUAUCAAGUCCGAGCGAGACUGCAAAGAAGGCUUUGCAACUCAACGCCGACUGCAGCUACUGGAUUAGUGCCCGUGAUCGAAUCAUAAGUCAGAUGGUUGUUCGUGACGGUGAUGGCGGCGUCAGCAUCGGCAUUGAUGCGCCAAGGGAAGAUGGUUGGGGUUUCAUCCUUCCUCAAGUAAUUACGAUGGGUACUGUUACUCGUCGAGCCAUUGAACGUACUUGGCUAACAGCCUCCAACGCCAAAAAGAACCGCGUAGGUUCAGAAUUGAAGGCCAUGGUCAGAGCGCCUCCUGGGUAUGCCAUUGUUGGAGCUGACGUCGACUCAGAGGAGUUGUGGAUAUCAAGUCUUCUGGGGGAUGCACAGUUUGGCCUUCACGGUGCCAGUGCACUAGGUUGGAUGACGCUGGAAGGCACGAAAUCCAAUGGGACUGACUUACAUUCGAAGACGGCAAAAAUCCUGGGUACAUCCCGCGACCAAGCCAAAGUUUUCAAUUAUUCUAGAAUAUAUGGGGCGGGGAUACGACAUGCCGAAUUACUCUUGAUCCAGGCGAACCCUAACAUGCAUCCAGAUAAAGCACGCCAACUCGCCAAGGAUUUGUACGCAUCUACAAAAGGUCGUUCCACUCACGGAACAAGCCUGUUCAACCGGAAGUUUUGGUAUGGAGGCACUGAGAGCUUCGUGUUCAAUAAACUCGAGGAAGUUGCACUUUCAAAUAGACCGGUGACUCCUGCGCUGGGAUGCAGAGUAACUGAGGCCCUUUUGAAAGAAAACCUUCCCGUAGGAUUUGGUACCGAUUUCAUGACAUCAAGAAUCAACUGGGUGGUACAAUCAUCUGGUGUGGACUACCUUCAUCUGCUCAUAGUGUCCAUGGAGUACCUCUGUACGAGAUAUAACAUCAGAGCGCGUUACAUGAUCUCUGUCCAUGACGAGCUCCGCUACCUAGUUCGUGAAGAAGACAAAUACCGCGCCGCUCUUGCAUUACAGAUCGCAAAUCUGUGGACUCGGAGUCAAUUCGCCUACCGCCUCGGUUUCGACAAUUUGCCCCAAGGAGUGGCAUUUUUUUCCGCCGUUGACGUUGACCACAUCCUUCGGAAAGAAGUUGAUAUGACUUGCAUCACACCAUCCAACCCUAACCCGAUUCCUCCUGGAGAGUGCCUUGACAUUUACGCUCUGUUGAAGAAGGUUCCGGAUGGGCUAGGGCCCAUGUCGCUGGGAAUCAACGAUUUUGUUGGAGACAUGGCAGGCUACUUGCCUCAGGACAAUCUUUCGCAUCGAGCAAAAAGCGCGGAGUUUCUGCUGGCACAAGCAACGCGGGAGCUUUCAGAGAUCAAGCAUUUGGACAUGAUGGAAAAACGGAGAUUGAAAGAGGAAAAUGGGGAGGACGGGGAAGAGUUAGAUAAAUUAUGAUAAUUAUUUAUCUGUUUAUAAACUAGUCCUUAUUUGGUGAUCUUGAUAUUUGCUUCUCUCGCG